AUGGGAAGUGCAGCAAGUAAAUCUCUAACAAUUCCUGUUAUUUAUACAGAUUCUCAGACUAAUAAUAAUCUUGCAAAUUUCAAGACAAUAAAUAAAUAGAAAUUAACAAUAACUGAUCCUUAUACUAAACUUUAAUAAGGUUAUCUUACAAUUCCAUUAACUGUAAGAAAGGAUGAUAAUACAGAUCCGAUAAAGGUUGUUCAUGGAGUAGUGGGAUUAAAAAAUUUGGGUAACACAUGUUAUUUCAACAGUGCAAUACAUUGUUUAAGUCACACUUAACCUUUACUUGAUUAUAUGUUAUCAAGAGUAUUUGAGAAGGAAAUUAAUAAGAAUAGUAAACUCGGAUCAAGAGGAUAAGUAACUGAAUACUUUGCCUAAUUAUUAACUGAUAUUUGGAAGGAUGAAAGAAGUAUAGGAAUGAGUAGUAUGACUCAGACGAAUUUAAGUAUUGAGAUGCAAAAGAAAUAAAAAUAAUAUGAGAAUUUAGUAGAUCCUUUGCGUUUAUUGUUAUUAGUGUAAAAAUAUUCAAAGAGAUUUGAAAUUGGAUGUAAAUUAUUAACACAUUUAUUAGAGCAGGAAGAUUGUUAAGAAUUACUGAGCUACUUAUUAGAUAUGAUUCAUGAAGAUUUAAAUCGAUGUAAAAAGAAGGAAUUAAUUAAAGAAAAGGAUUAUAUAGGUUAACCAAAAGAAGAAUGGGCAGCAGAAUCUUGGGGUGAACAUCUUAAAGUUAAUAAGAGUAUCGUGGUUGAUUUGUUUUAAGGAUAAUUGAAAUCUUAAGUACAAUGUAAAACUUGUAAACAUUAAAGUCAUAAAUGGGAACCUUUUUUGUUUCUAAAUUUACCUAUUAAAUAAUCAUAAUAAGAAUAAUCACAAAAAUAGAAUUAAUCUAAAUUUAUGGGAAAUUCAUAAAUAAAAUAAGAUAUCUCAUGUGAAUUGACAGAUUGUUUGGAUCUAUUUUAAUAAGAAGAAACUAUAUAAUGGAAAUGUCCAUAAUGUAAAGUAACUAGAGAUUGUAGUAAAGGUAUGUAAAUAUGGAAAUUACCUAAUAUUUUAAUCAUUCAUCUUAAAAGAUUUGAGUUUGGAGAUAAAGUUUUAGGUAAAAUCACAUAAAAGGUUAACUUUCCUAUCAAUGAUUUAUAAAUGUCUCCAUAUUGUUUUAAAUAGGACAACACUAUUUAUAAUUUAUAUGCAGUUGCAUAACAUCUAGGUUCAUUAUAAUAUGGUCAUUAUUUGUCUAUAUGCAAACAUAGAAUUGAUAAUUAGUGGUAUAUGUACAAUGAUGAUUCAGUUUUUAAGGUACUAUUUAAUUGAUCUUAGAUUUAAGAUCCAGAGAAGACGAUCGUUAAUGACUAAGCUUAUGUUUUAUUUUAUUAAAAAAAAACAGAAACAAUUUUUAGAUAAACUAUCACUAAUCCUAGUUAUUGGCCUCAUAAUCAAAGUGAUAAAAAAUAAACACUAGAUUUUAGGGAUUAUGAGGAAAAUGAACAGAAAUGCCAACCAGGCCAGAGUAGUCCUUAAAACAUUACACGAAAUUCAAUUAAAAUUGAAACUUAAGAUUAGAUUAAACUUGAAUCUACCAAUUCGAAUAAAUUUGAAUUUUAAACUGGAAAAAAAAAAAAUCUCCUUAACCCUACAAUUAGAGAAUAAAAUAAUAAAUCAAAUUCUAUUUAUAAAAAAUCUUGUCCUUCUGAUGAUCAUUAUAGUAACAAUGAUUAAUAAACUUCUAUUACUAAAAUAUAAGAUGAGGUAUUUAAAUAAUUAUUAAUUUUAAAGUGGGGUUUUUUACCAGAUAAUAACAAAUAAAAAGAAAUAGACAAGAAAUUAGAAAAAGGUAAACGAAAAUGA